AUGUCACUUCCUCACGGGACUUUCUGGGCCGCGAGCGGGGCGCUGAGAACAAAGUGCGCCCGUCCCUCACCGGCGCCAGGCUGCACGACGCCCCGCGGGCGGCACCCGCGCCACAGGAGCAAACACUGUCCCAGGCACGUCUGUGUGUCGCACGGGUCCCAACGCGGCCGUCCCCGCGCGCGCACUGCAGAGGGUGGGCGGUACCGCGCGGGCCGCGAGGGGACGGGGAGGGGGCGACCUGACGGCGGUCGUGGAUGGGACUCGCCGCGGGGAGCACCCGAGUACUUGACGGGACCGCCGUCAGAGGAGAAAGGCUGGGAGGACACAACAAAAAACCUCACAGCGGUUAAGAGGCUCGCGAAGGACCUCCUGCACCCGUCCCCGGAAGAGGAGAAGAGAAAGCACAAGAAGAAGCGCCUGGUGCAGAGCCCCAACUCCUACUUCAUGGACGUGAAGUGCCCGGGGUGCUACAAAAUCACCACCGUGUUCAGCCACGCGCAGACGGUGGUGCUGUGUGUGGGCUGCUCCACCGUCCUGUGCCAGCCGACAGGAGGAAAAGCAAGGCUCACAGAAGUCUCGGACGCUCCAGUCUAAAGCGGGGACGACGGCGGAGGAGGCGCAACACGGGAGCUAGCGACUGCGAGCUCCCCGCGGGACGUCGGAGGAGAGCCAGUGGGGCGCAGCGGCAACGACGCUGCCGUCCGGUGACCUCUGAACCUUUUCCUUGCAGGAUGCUCCUUCAGACGGAAGCAGCACUAAACGCACCCUGAGUCGACAUGAGUGGGGAACUAUCCCAAUAAACAGAUUUUGGAUACGUUC